AUGCCUUCUACUCUCCGCAACAUCCUCAUCGGGCUCUCAGCCCUCACGGCCAGCACCUACGCCGAGCAUCUCCGCGUCGUCUGGUCAUCGGGUUCCUUCGGGGCCAUUGGUGGCCCCUCGGGCGGUGGUACGAACGGCGGCUACACCGGCUUUGCCAUUCUCAACGACGCCGGCGAGGCCGUCUACGACCAGGCCUACCCUGACGACCAUUCUCCUUGUUACAACACCGGCGACGGCCGCACCUUCACCAUCGAGGGCGACUGCUGGGACAACGCGCGUGUCUUCCAUUGCAAGUCGGACUUUGGUGGCGCCCCUGAGACAUGCGAGGUCAAGGGACACGACGGCACCGUCCUUGGCAGCGGCACCCAGCAGAAGGAUACCAACUUCAUCGGCAUUGCCAUCGGCAUCGAUGCUACCUGCGUGGUUGAAUUCGAGUCUGACGGACCUGGGUGCCCUGUUGACGACGGCAACGGUCCCCUUCAUGUGACCUCGGGUUAA